AAAUUUAGGCCCAUAAUAAAGUGUGUGAUGAAUAGAAUUAGGAGGUGGAAAUAAUGGGAGCGCCAAAUUUGGGGCAAGGUAUGAAAAGCCGUGGAAGUGGGCUAUAUUUGAAGUUUCACCGCACGUUUGAUUUUAAUAAAACAAACAGGUAUAGCCACAAGAUCGAAGGAACGGUGUUGAUGCGUUAUUAGGGUCAAAAACGGAAUUUAAAAAACGCAAGUCCACGACGGAGGGCGUUACUUCUGUUCAGUUUUGAACCCAAAAAGCGGAGAAGCUUCUCUUCUCUUCUCUCUUUCUUUCAAACCGCCAUCUCCUUCUCCUUCUCCUUCUCCUUCUUCAGCUGUUGAAAAUAAAAAAUGGCAGACGGUGAGGAUAUUCAACCACUCGUCUGUGAUAAUGGGACAGGAAUGGUUAAAGCUGGAUUUGCUGGGGAUGAUGCUCCAAGGGCUGUGUUUCCCAGCAUUGUUGGUCGUCCCCGUCACACGGGAGUGAUGGUUGGCAUGGGCCAAAAAGAUGCAUAUGUCGGGGAUGAAGCUCAGUCCAAGAGAGGUAUAUUAACUCUCAAAUAUCCCAUUGAGCAUGGUAUUGUGAGUAACUGGGAUGACAUGGAGAAGAUCUGGCAUCACACCUUCUACAAUGAACUCCGUGUCGCUCCUGAGGAGCACCCAGUUCUGCUCACCGAAGCACCUCUCAACCCAAAGGCUAAUCGGGAGAAAAUGACCCAAAUUAUGUUUGAGACCUUCAAUACCCCUGCCAUGUAUGUUGCCAUCCAGGCUGUUCUAUCCUUGUAUGCCAGUGGCCGUACAACUGGUAUCGUUCUAGACUCUGGAGAUGGUGUGAGCCAUACCGUCCCCAUUUACGAGGGCUACGCUCUCCCUCAUGCCAUCCUCCGUCUUGACUUAGCAGGACGUGAUCUCACUGAUGCCUUGAUGAAAAUCCUUACAGAACGUGGUUAUUCCUUCACUACCACAGCUGAGCGUGAAAUUGUAAGGGACGUAAAGGAAAAGCUGGCUUAUAUUGCCCUUGAUUAUGAGCAAGAGCUUGAAACAUCAAAAACCAGCUCUGCUGUUGAGAAGAGCUAUGAGUUGCCGGAUGGACAGGUCAUCACCAUUGGUGCUGAGCGUUUCAGAUGUCCUGAAGUUCUCUUCCAGCCAUCCAUGAUCGGAAUGGAAGCCGCUGGCAUUCAUGAAACCACUUACAAUUCAAUCAUGAAAUGUGAUGUCGAUAUUAGGAAGGACUUGUAUGGAAACAUCGUUCUCAGUGGUGGUUCUACCAUGUUCCCAGGUAUUGCUGACAGAAUGAGCAAGGAAAUCUCAGCUUUGGCCCCAAGCAGCAUGAAGAUUAAGGUGGUUGCUCCACCUGAGAGAAAGUACAGUGUCUGGAUUGGUGGCUCUAUCUUGGCUUCUCUCAGCACUUUCCAACAGAUGUGGAUUGCAAAGGCUGAGUACGAUGAGGCUGGUCCUUCAAUUGUACACAGGAAAUGCUUCUAAAUGCUGCACAGCCUACAGGGUAGCUUGGUGAAAGAAAUUAAAAUACGGCGUUCUCGUUUUAUAUGAUGAAAAAAUGUGUUGUUAAAUCAGAUAACUGAGUUGAUGGCAGAGUAAAUUCUUUCACUUGUUUUUGUUUUAUUAUUGGUAAUUGUUUAACGAUUAAUCUUUAGUUAUCACUAUAAAUCAACGCCUUUCAACUUAA